CAAGAAUCUGGUUUUACAAUCUCUUGUGUUCUGAUGCAACGUGCAUGUAGCCAGACCUCAUUGUAUUCCAGUUGUUAAGCCAUGAUUGAGGUGACGUGGAAUGGGAACUCACUUACCAGAGAUCUGACAGUGUAUUUAGAAAAUCAGGUCAAAAUCAAUCUGUCAAGUUCAGGGUUAGGGUUGUCUCUUUUUUUGGGAAUCGGUGCUGUUUAUGUCUGUUAUUACCUGAGCACAGUUGCAAAGAAGCCACAGCUUAUCACAGGGUCAGCAACACUCUCUGAGUUUCUACGGAGAUAUUGUCCUGUGGUAACAGAGACGUAUUAUCCAACCUUUUGGUGCUGGGAAUCAAGAGUGCAGACACUGCUCAGGCCAUUGAUCACAACUAAACCUUGGGUGGAAUACAGAAAUGAAUUGAUUAAGGCAGCAGAUGAUGGACAUAUUUCCUUGGACUGGAAUAAUAAUGAUGACAAUACACUCUAUCCUGUUUCUGCUACAAGACCGACCAUACUUAUCUUACCCGGACUUACGGGAACAAGCAAGGAAUCCUAUGUGCUCCACAUGGUUAAACAGAGUGAAAGACUUGGAUACAGGUGUGUUGUUUUCAACAAUAGAGGAGUUGCUGGAGAAAGACUUCUGACUCCCAGAACUUACUGCGCAGCAAACACUGAAGAUUUGGAAACGGUCAUUUUGCAUAUACGGAAUGCUUUUCCAGAAGCCCCUCUGGUGGCAGCUGGAGUCUCAAUGGGCGGAAUGCUGCUCUUGAAUUACCUGUGUAAGAUUGGUCAACAGACUCCACUGAAGGCAGCGGUAGUCUUCUCCAUUGCCUGGGAUGUAUUUGCCUGCACGGCUUCCCUUGAGAAACCACUUAACCGGAUAUUAUUUAAUUACUACUUAACCCAUUGUCUUCAAGCUUCAGUCUACAGGCACAGGCAGAUUUUGAAUAAAUUAUUUAACAUUGACUAUAUCAUGAAGGCAAAAACUGUCAGAGAAUUUGAUGAACGGUUUACAUCAGUGAUGUUUGGCUAUAAGACAAACGUUGAUUAUUACAGAGAUGCCAGUCCUUCUCACAAACUGAAGUCUAUUGAAGUUCCUGUCCUGUGUUUAAAUGCAUUAGACGAUGUCUUCUCACCAGCUUAUGCCAUACCUAUGCAAUCUGCCAAACAAAACCCAAACGUUGCACUACUACUAACUGCACAUGGUGGACACAUCGGCUUUCUAGAAGGAAUAUUUCCACGACGAAUGACAUACACGGACAGAAUCUUCAAACAGUUUAUACAAGCCGUUGUUGAGCACAAAGAUGAACUGAAUAUAACUCAUUGAUCUGUUUAUUCACACUCUUCAUAUUGAACAUUUGCACCCAAACUUUUUAAAAUUUGCAACUGGUUCUUGAAUACAUUGCAAAGUACAAAUUUCUUUGUACUUUCAUGUAUUUAAACUGUCAGGCUGUCUGUUAAGUUUGUCCAGAGUUUAACAGAAGCUUUAUAAGAAGAAAAAUGAAUGAUAAAAAGUUAAGAUUUUAAACUCAUACUAGAUCUCAAUUUAUACUCAAGGUUAUUUUUCUUAAUUUGAAACAUUCAAAUUUUUAUUUUAUAUUAUUGCUUUAUGAUUACUGAAACUUAUAAUUGUUUUUGAAUGUCCAUUUGGUUUGGCACUAAAUUUACAUAAUUACCCCAUUUAACAGUAGAUUAAAACCAUCUGAGCUAUCAUGUAAUAUGAGACAGUGAUUUUAAUUCAUUUUAACCAUAUUUUCAAUUCAUAAAAUAAUACUGUUCAGAAAAGAAUAAAAUUUGACUUUUUUGUGGUACUUCAUAUUUUACAUUGAUUCAGUUAUAGCAGCUGCUGCAUUUUGGUUUUCUGAGGGAAAAAAACAGUACCAUGAAAUUACAUCCUAAACAUUGCUACUAUGAUAAUUACACUUCAGGCAGAAGCACAGAUAUUGCUAAGACAAAAUUCUUGCCAGAAAGGGAAUAAAAACAAACAGAGGAUGCAUUUUCAUUUUAAUUUUGGAGUUGACUAAUUUAUUUUCCAAAUAGGAAUGUGUGUUAGUUGUGCCAAGGGCAUAUUCCAAUAACCUAAUAAAAAUGAAAUCAUACUUAAAUAAAUAGCUGCUAACUACAAGUUGCACAGUACAUGAAAAAUAUCACAAUGAACCACCCCAGGGCUUUAGUAUUUACACAGUCUCUGCUGAUAAGUUGUAUAUGAAUGAUUCUACAUACUUAAAUGUAUCAGCAGAUCCAAUGCUGAAUUGUGGAUUUUCUAGCCCUGAGUUUACAAUAUUGAAUUCAUCGAUCACAAAUCCAACAUCUGUAUCAGAAUGGAUUACAAAUGUAAUAAACAUCUUUUUGAGAAACUAGAAAAUAAUUAAGAUAAAUAUUUUGUUUAUGAAAAUGUAUAUAUUUUUAUCUAAGCAUCAUCUAAUUACUUUAGAACAAACACUGUGAAGUUUAAACUCAUCCCAAGGUACAAUAUACAGUUUCAAAAUAUGGAUUAUUGAUUUCCCUAAAUAUCUACAAUUGAACGAUUUAAUCUUUAACUAAGAUUGCAAACUAGAAUCUCUAUUGUUUUUGUUAUUGUUAACUUUGUUUCAAACUAUUAUCACAGGAUAUAGCUUGAAUUCUGCCUAACGUAGUAAAGAAUCCAACUGAAAUGCUUUACAGAUUGCUCAGCUGUAUCUAAACAGAAACAGAACAAGGUCCAAUGGAUCACCUGGUACCAACUAUACCUGGAUUUUAACAUUGCAAAAUCACCUCCAGUGCAAUCAACCCAUCUCUCAGAUACUUAGGGGUUGCUGUCUAAAUUAGGAGAGCUGUCCUGCAGGCUAGUUGCCAAUUUAACUUAGUCAUACUCAAAGAAUCCUGCCAUUCCAAUAAUAUCCUGGACUCUUCCAUGACAUUCCACUGGCCUUGUCCUUCAUGCUUCUUGGACAUGCAUCUGUCCAUAAUGCUAUUUGCAGGAGUGAACAUCACAGUCUCCUCAGGAUAAAGUAUUUAUAUUGCAUUCAUGUUCUGUCAGAUUGAGCUUGAUGGAAUAGUUUCAGAAUAGUAUGGUAGAUCAUAGCUGGGACAUUCAUGAGGCACGGUUGGCCAACAGCUUCAGCAGAACUGUGUACCAUACUCUGGUUCUGUGGGAGGUACAGAAAGCUCUGCUGUGAGAGCACCAGGUUGUUUUUAAAAUGUGCCACGCAGGCGAAGCUGUAGCACAAGGUCACAAACAUGAUAACUACUAAAGGCAGCAAGUAAUAAACAAAACUAAGCAAACACACACCCAAUUAGAUCAAAAUAAAACUUUGCGUUACUGUCACCUCCAGCCAAGAGUGUGAUGUCCAUCCAAAACCCACAUCAAAAUUACCUUCUGGCCAAGAAGUUAGUUUUAUAUAUGCUCAGCUGAUAUUUUUAAACUACUAACCAAAGUGAUAUGAGAAUUAAUAACUUUCUAGAUGAAUUGUAUCUUAGGUUAGCUGCUGACAAGAUGGGAUUGAACAUGGAGAAGUGUGGGCAAUGUCACAGAUCAGCCAGCCUGAAUUACAAUGUAAUAGUCAAAAGCCCACAUGGGAGAAGAAUGGUGAGAUAUUG